UUGUCAUUUCAUAGAGGAGUAGGUUCACAUGCUUACAAAUAUUUGUUGGUGCGCGAAAUGUGGAUCACCUCAGGCCAGAACUCACUGUUGGACAUGUAAACCGGAAGUGCACAAUUUUUCUCCACAUUUUCAAAAAAUUUCAUCAUUUUACACGAUAAAUCAGUUAAACAACUAUCAUUUGGAUAUUGAACAACAUAAUAUAUAUAGUUUAUUAGAUACAAUAUGGCAGAGGAAAAUGGAGGAAAUAAACCUUCAGGAAACUCUGGGUGAAGAUCGCUUGAAGGAGAUACUAAAGGAGAGGGAUGUAAAAGUAUACUGGGGUACAGCUACAACGGGGAAACCCCACGUGGCAUAUUUCGUACCUAUGUCGAAAAUUGCUGAUUUCUUGAAGGCUGGAUGUGAGGUGACCAUACUGUUUGCCGAUCUCCAUGCCUACCUCGAUAACAUGAAGGCUCCAUGGAGUUUGCUAGAAUUUAGGACUCAGUACUACGAACAUGUAAUCAAGUCUAUGCUCAAAAGUAUUGGAGUCCCACUUGAGAAACUCAAGUUUGUCAAAGGAACAGAUUACCAGUUGAGCAAAGAAUACACACUAGAUGUCUACAGAAUGAGUUCAAUGGUCACAGAACAUGAUGCCAAGAAAGCAGGAGCAGAGGUUGUUAAACAAGUUGACCACCCCCUUCUAAGUGGCAUGCUCUACCCAGGCCUUCAGGCACUAGACGAGGAAUAUCUGAAAGUUGACGCUCAAUUUGGCGGAGUUGAUCAACGAAAAAUAUUCACGUUUGCAGAAAAACAUUUACCAAAUCUUGGUUACCAGAAAAGAAUCCAUUUUAUGAACCCAAUGGUACCAGGACUUACAGGUAAUAAGAUGAGCUCAUCAGAUGAAGACUCCAAAAUCGAUUUACUGGAUACUUCAGCCCAGGUUAAGAAAAAAUUGAAGAAAGCUUUCUGUGAACCAGGAAAUAUAAAAGAGAAUGGUGUACUGUCAUUUGUCAAACACGUCUUACUGCCGUUAUCAAAAGAUGGAGAGUUCACUAUCAAUAGAGCCCCUGAUUUUGGAGGUGAUGUCACAUUUAAAACUUUUGAAGAAAUUGAAGCUGCAUUUGCCAGAGAGGAAUUGCACCCUGGUGAUCUAAAGGCUUCAGUCUGCAAGUACAUGGAUGUAUUAAUGGACCCCAUCAGGGCAGACUUCAAUACACCUGAGAUGAAGAAGCUCACUCUCAAUGCUUACCCACCACCAGCAAAACAGAAAGGUCCAAAGGUGAAAGGGAACCCUGCAGCAGCUGUUGAGGAAAUCAUACCAUCUAGACUUGAUCUCCGAGUUGGCAAAAUCCUUGAAGCAAAAAUGCAUCCCAAUGCUGACAGCCUGUAUGUAGAGACUGUAGACCUGGGAGAGGAAUCUCCACGGACAGUAGUAAGUGGGCUAGCGGGUUUAGUCCCCCUAGAGGACUUACAGGGCCGAGUAGGUGUGUUCAUGUGCAAUCUCAAGCCAGUGAAGAUGAGGGAUGUUGAAUCUAAAGCCAUGUUGAUGUGUGCCUCUGUAGCUGAUCCUCGCUGCGUUGAACCCUUGCUGCCACCAGAGGGCAGUGCACCUGGCGAACGUGUAUUCUUUGAAGGCUAUGAAAAUGGUUCUCCUGAUGAAGAACUUAAACCUAAAAAGAAAGUCUGGGAAAAGCUAGCUGUUGAUUUGAAAACAAAUGGUGAUCUCCUAGCUGUGUGGCAGGAUAACGUCAUGAAAACUAAACUGGGGAACAUUACGUGUAAAUCACUCAAAAACGCUCCUAUAAAGUAAAGAUAUUAAAAAUAUUAUAGAUGUAUUAGGAUUUCAUCUUCAAACGCACACCACCGGAUUAUUGAAUAGGCACAAAUAGUUUAAAGCAAUCUUUUACAUGAGGUUGAUAGAAGUUAAGAUGAAGCUCAAGUAUUCAUUGAAGAGGAAGAUACCAUUUCUAAAAUAGUUUCUUCAUAGCAAACAUGUGCAAGCCUUACACUUUACUAAUGGGACAGCAAACUAUUAGAAGAGUGUAAAUGAUGGAAGAAAUUUCUUACAAUCUUAAAUAUAUUAAAAAGAUUUCAGAUAUCUGAUCAAAAUGAAAUUAAGUUAAACAUUUAAGAUGCUGUUUGUCAAGUUUUUUUUAUCUAUUUAUCUAUUCUCAUUGAAUAAAGUGCUGAAGAUUCUUAGAUUUUUAUGGUAAAUAGUGUGAUCAUUUUUCAAAAAGGAUCCUCAACUCUCUCUCUACACUUUGCUCUCCUUUAAGAUGGCUAAGUGGGUUAAUGAUCUGAUCUCACUUUUUGCAUAUGACAUCAUUAUGUAAGCAUAUUCAAAAUGAAGUUCUAUGAUAUUUGUCAUAUGUAAUGUUAUACUUGACCUAAUAAGUUAGUUCUUUUGUUUAUUAUAAACCUUAGAAUAUGACAUUUGUAUGCCAUUAAAAGUGAUCAACCACUUAUCUACUUUACAUUACUGGGUGACCCCAAAAAUAGUAAUAUAUAAUAUUGAAGAAAUUGUUACAAUUUUUGGGUAACUCUAUGUUCAUGCAGUUUCAAGAAUGAUGGAUUCAAAACUCUUCUUGGUAUUGCUGAUACAAUCUAAUUACAAUAGCCUAUAGAUAUUGUGUAUUUGUACUGUAGGCAAUUAUUUAUUAUUCAAAGAGGAAAUAAAACAAAUGUAAAACUUAUUAUUCUUGAGUUAAAGUACAUGCAAAGUAGAUUAUGUAGAAU